AUGCCUGACCAGCCUAUUCUCAGAAUCUAUGUGACCGGCCCCGACGGGAUCACAAAUGAAGCCCCUGAGACCCGCGAGACGGCUAAAACCCCUGGCAUGACCGCUAACGAAGCUAUUAAGCACUUCACCGAUGUGAAGGAGUACAUCCCGACCGACUUUGCCGGGCACCCAGGUCAUCACUCUUCGAAUCCCACGGUCGCACGCGCCAUGGAAAUCGCAGAACUUCACAAGAAGGCUUCAACAGUGUCGACCGACGCAUCCGCACAUUUCCGCAAUGCCCUGAAAGGCUUCGAACAGGCAAAUAAGCUUUUUCGUGAGGCUACGGAGCACAUUCCAAUGAUCCAUGCUGAAAAGUGCAAGCGCACAAUCAUAUCAGCAACGAACCUGCACACUCAGGCCAAGAUAUGCGUGUUGCCAGCGAGCGCAGAAGCUAGGAAGUUCCACGUGCUGGCCAUGGCGUGGUAUGCUGAGGCACAAGUUCUUGCGAAGAGUGAGAAUACCGACCAGGAUGACCAGAAGCUAUAG